UCCACAGAAGCAUCGGCGGUGUUGUUGAGUCGGGGGGGUGGGGUCAUAGUUGAAAUGUGCAAAGAUGGUGGAACACACCGGAAUCCGCGUGGUUCAUCGUGGUGGCAGCAAAAUUAACUUCAGGGAACCUGUAAUUACAAGUGAUUCCAGGUUCCUGUUGUGUGGAUCUGGGGAGUCGGUAAAAGUUUACAGUACCAGCACAGAGGAAUGCGUCCACGAUUUGCAAGGACACACAGACCUGGUGACGGGGGUUGUGCUAAACCCUUCCAAUCACCUGCAGGCAUACUCUUGCUCGGCAGAUGGCACUGUUCGAUUGUGGGACUUCACAGAUGGCAUUCUCAUCAAGACCUUCAUUAUCAGGUACCACAUCUUCUCCAUACACGUGUCUGAGAAACAUGUUGGAGUGCUUUUUGUCGUCGUCCCCAUGGCAAACGAAAAAGGCUCGGAGCUGUUUCAGUUGGUGGCUGUUCAUCUGCCCCGCAGUGGUGACCCGGAAGUGGAAGUGGGUGAACUCUCGGCAGUGCUCUGUGAUGUCAGUCCCAACCCUGGGGCCGUGUCGUUUGGCACAGGGGGGGAAUACAUUGCUGCUGCUAAAGGUCUACAGCUUGAAGUGUUCUUCUUCAAGAAGCAGAAGUCAUACAGGUUUUCCCUAAAGUCAGGGAUGAACAAAGGGAUUAAUAAUUCCUUCACCUGCAUCUCGUGCCACCCUAAAGAGGACUGUAUUGCCACAGGCCACGCUGAUGGCAAGAUCCGUCUGUGGAGAAACUUCAACCAGAAGAAGGAGUACACAUACUCCACGCUGCACUGGCACCACAAUGCUGUCAACACGCUGCGUUUCACCCCCGAAGGCACCAACCUGCUGAGUGGAGGCAUCGAGUCAGUGCUGGUCCAGUGGCGCUACACACAGGAGAACCAAAAGGACUUCCUGCCUCGCCUGGGUGCCGCCAUCACACACAUCGCUGUGUCACCGGAUGGUUCCUUGUUCUGUACUUCCCAUGCUGACAACAAAAUUACUAUUAUCCUAAGCUCUGUCAAAGUGUCGGCCAUCAUCCAGGGGCUGGUCAAAGACGAUUGUGUGCGGACAGAUCUGAUGAUUGACCCACGCAGUAAAGCCUUGGUGCUCAAUGGGAAACCAGGGCACCUACAGUUCUACUCUCUCCACCGUGACAAACAACUAUAUAAUUUGGACAUAGUGCAGCAAGAGUACAUUCAUGAGCAGGGCGUUGACCAGUUCCAGGUGGUCAAAGCGGCUUUCGACACUCACGGUGACUGGCUGGCUACGGUGGAGGAGAGGAGACAAAAAAGCUCUGAGCUGGAGAUCAAUUUGAAGCUUUGGUCUUACGAUGAGCAAACCCAAAGUUUUGUACUUAACACCACCGUCACGGCCCCCCAUGAGGACCAGAUUACAGCAAUGUGUUUCAGCCCAUCGCCGGAGACCACCCUGCUGGUGACCACCAGCCUCGAUGGCCACUUCAAAGCCUGGCUGCUGGCAGACCACUCUGACACAGAGGAGAGUGCAUCCUGGUCAUGUGACUUUGUGGGCGGGUAUCACCUCUUGAAGCCUGGCUGCUGCUGCUUCUCGGCCGAUGGCUCCCUUUUGGCCUUUGGUUUCCAGGAAGUGGUGACAGUGUGGAGCCCCACGUCCUGGGAGCUGCUCACCACACUUUCUCAGCCCCCAGGGGCUGUCAGGGACCUUUGUUUUGGACGGUUAAGCUGUUCCAAGUACCUGCUGGGGACCAGCACCAAGAACCAGCUCUGCUGCUGGAACCUCCUCACCUGCUCAUUGGAAUGGAAUACCCCCAUGGAUGUAAGCCUUCUCCAGGCUGACCCGUUUUCUGAGAACAUGGCUGCCUUCUGCAGUCAGUCUGGCAGCACUGACUUGUUUGUGUUUAAGCCCAGCGAGCCAAGGCCCCUCUUCUCCAAGAAGGCUUUGUGCACGGGCAAGGUUGAGCGUGCCAUCUUCGCCCCUCGCGACCAGAUGCUGGAGAGCAGCGAAGAAUACAGCCAGUGGCUGAACAGAUCCCAGCUAUACUUCCUCACCCAGCACAUGGAUUUGAUGACAUUUAGCACCAAGACAGAAGAGGACAGACUGUUGGCCUCCAGUAAACAGCUUAUGGUGGAUGACAGCGUUGCCAUCACGCCGUUCUACCUGUUGCUAGGGAGACACAAACAGCAGCAGCAGGAGAAGCAGGAACUGCUGACCAAUCCCCUGGCAGAACGGACUCCACUACCACAAGGCUCCAUCGCCAUCAAGGAGCUCUUGGACACCCCGGCCCACGUUCUGCCCUCGGCCUCGUUCCUCUGUUCCAUGUUUGUCCGUUCCCUGCUCGUUUCCAGCUCCUCUGCUAGAGUGGAAAAAGAACCUGCAGAAGAGGAAAUGAAAAGUGAGAGCGAGGAAGUGGACUCUGACGGGGAAGCAGACCUCUUUCAACCAAAGCAGGAACUGUGGGGGUCGGCGGCGCAGGACCCAGUGGAGGAGUCAGGGGCCCCUGUUCUCACCAAGGCCCAGGAGAGGGAACUAAGGAGAGUGAAAAAAUUAGACCUCAGCUGGCUCAGCAGCCUUCUAGACUGUUGAUUAGACCAUGAUUAAGCCCAAACACACACACACACACACUGCCCAUUCACGCAAUUCAACCAAUUUCAUGUAAUAAAAUGGAUUUCUGUUUUCAAACAUGCCUUAUGUUUAUCAUUUUGUGUCGUCAAGAGGAGUCUAGAGAGAAUCGAGGCAGUAGGUGAGGAAAUGUAGAAAACCCCCAUGGUCAUGUUUGCUGUUUCCUUAUGUUCCAAAAGAAACGGUGUGCCUGUUUUGUCGCAGCUGUUUCUUAAUGCCCGCUGAGUCAUCCUUGGCCUAUCUGGCCAAAGUCCACCAUGACGGUGUCGGCGUCUGUACCUUCACCUCAGGUAUGGUGGGUUCAUCAGGAACCUGCUGGAAAGUCUCGAGAGAAGGAUGGGUCUAACUGGGUCAUUUAAAGUUGGUUUCCAUAUUUCCAUUCAAGAUUAGUUACUAUGUGCUUUGUUUUGCCUGUAAGUGACUCAGUGCCAUCUGUUUGUAGUAGCCAGAUAAUGACACACUGAAAUUAGAAAAUAGAACCUAACCAGUUGAUCUGAGCCGCUGCUUUGGAUGCUCAUAUACAGCAUUGGGUUUAUUCCAGCACACUGUUUCUACUUGUUCUCAUCGGUCAAGGAGAGAGAAUGGCCGAAAGUACAUACUGAAAAUGUUUAAAUGUAUGAUUAUUCUAAAUAGUUAUAUAACAGGUAUCAUCAUUUUCAGGGCAUAUCAAGAACAUUUUGCUGUAUUUAAUGUUCUAUGAUGUUUAAGAGCAGCACUACGGUCUGUAAGGAAACCGGAUUUGGCUUAUCUUCUGUGUCUGUUUUAUCAGUCUUAGUUCAUUUAGGUAGACAUUGGACCUCUGACUAAAUGCUCUUUCCCCUUUUAACCUAACGUUAAGGAUAAGGUUUUGUAACUUGUCAAAAGAGCAUCAAGGUCUCCUGGCGAGCUUGUGAAUUUGAGGAACAGGCUGUCCUGACAAGAAGCCAAGACCUACUGGUCACUCCAGUUUGUUCUGACCAGUUUAUCACUCCCUUCGUGUGAAACCAGGUCACGCUUUGUUGUUUGCCAGCAGGACCAGAUCAUACAGCAUGGCUUAAAGUCAGUCCUUCUAACACUGGCAGUUGGAAAGGAGCUUCUGGGGCAAAUUAGCGAAUAAACCCUCUCUGUGGAAUGUGACCCUGCUCAGUGAAAACCUGGCCAGAGCAGGAGAACAGGAGUCUAGCAACUCAGUGGCUCUCAGAAAUGCUACUGUCUUGUACUGUACAAUGACUUGGUUAAUGUGUUAACAUAAACCACUAACAGGACAAUGUAAAUCAGUUUCAUUUAUUUCAGAACUCAUGCAUUACAAGCUGUAUAAUAUGUUUAUAUACAUAUAAAAACAAAGAAUGGAUCAAAGUUUGUUCUGUAUUUUACAAUGAUGGGGUGUUGUGGACUGUACAUUAUGGUCCACUGGCAUGUUGUACUCAUGACUUCCUUGAUUUAUGAAUAUCAGCCUUGCUUUGUGGACAUGAACAGAACAUUUUUAAGCAAAUCAUUAAGAUAACUCAAAACAAGUGUUAACACUAGUAUAUAAAAACAUUUAAAGUUGUAAAAAAAAAAAA